AGUAGUAAAGAGAAAGUUGGAACUUCGGAUGGAGGAAAACAAAAAUCAAACUCCAAAUAAACGACAGUGUAACACUGUAACAGGAGCAUAUGAAGAACACAGAAAAUUGGGUGAGGUGAAACGCAUCAUGAGCACUCUUCAUGACAGAUUACAUAACUAUGACAGAACAGAGCUGAAUGAUUUCCUGAGGAACCAAAUUUGUGAUUUGGAGACAGACAAAAGGGAGAUGGUCGGGGUCUUUGGUAAAACCGGGGCUGGAAAGAGCUCUUUGAUUAAUGCCAUCAUUGGAGAGAAGCGUCUUUUGCCAUCUGGAAGUGUCAGUGCAUGUACUACAGUCAUGAUUCAAGUAGAAGCUAAUAUGGAGAACCAAAAAUAUGAGGCACACAUUGAGUUCAUCACAAAAGAGGAGUGGAAGGAUGAGUUGUGGUCUUUCAAAAACCUCUCUGGUGACAGUGGAGAUGAGGACAGUGACAAUGGAGAUGAGGAAAAUAAAUCUACCAGAGAUGAUGAUGAAUAUUACGACAAUGUUGAAAAGCUGACAGCACUUUAUGGAGAUCAAUGGAAAAGCAAAUCACCAGAAAACUUGAUGGCAUCCAAGUAUUUCAAAGACGUCCCUGAAUUUCUCCAAUCCAAGAAGAAAAUUUUGUCAUGUGACUCGCCCGAAGAGCUAUCUGCAAAAUAUCUGAAAUACACAAGAAGUGGGUCAACAAAAGAAAACAGUGGAGAAGUAGAAAAGUUUUAUUGGCCUCUGGUGAAGUGUGUGACUGUCAAGGUGCCAAAAAAUGAUCUUCUCCAGCAUGUCACAUUGGUAGAUCUUCCUGGAAAUGGAGACCGUAACAAGAGCAGAGAUCAAAUGUGGAGAAGGAUUGUUGGAAAUUGCUCUACUGUGUGGAUAGUGGCUGAAAUAAACCGAGCAGCAACAGAGAUAGAAAGCUUGGAGAUCUUGAAAAGAACCUGUAGCCUCAUGGGAAAUGGUGGCGAAUGUCAGAACAUUCACUUUAUCUGCACUAAGACUGAUGAUGUAAUUGAAGACUCAGAUGCAGAUGUUGGCCGUCGCAUAUUUAAGAGGAAUAUGGAAGCUAAGGACAAAGUGAGGCAGGAGUUCAACAAACUAAAAGACAUUAAGAAACAAUUCAGGGAUGACUGCUUCACAGUAUUCACUGUGAGCGCCAGAGAAUUUCUAAAGGAAAGACUUCUCAAACCAGAGGAAACUGAAAUACCCGAACUUCAGAAGUUUCUGCGAAGUCUCAAUGACCAGCACUCAGAAACACUGAACUAUGUGUCUGGAGCCUAUGGGAUUCUCUCUCUGAUGAAGGCGGCACACUGUGGAGAUGCUGCCAAAAGAACAUCUGUGUUUGCAGAGCUUAUGGAAAAUGUAGAACGUGAGAAAGAAAAAGUCAGAAAACCCAUGAACGACGCUUACAAAGUUUUUAAAAAACAGCUUGAUACGGGUGUUGAAAAAUCCAAAAAGUCAUGUGAAAAGGCGCUGGAAAAGAUAUUAUUUCAGACAAAAUCAGGGAGUGGUUUUCACAAGAAAUUGAAGUGUGUUGUGGUUAAAAAUGGCAUCCACAAACCAGUAAAAAAAAGGAAAAAAAGAAUCAGCAUGAACAUGACAUUGUCUUCACUUCUGUCUGCAAGCAUUGAUGAGGAGUUCAAAAACACCUUCCCGAAUGACGGGAAUUCGGGUUCAGUCUACAGAGCUAUCAGUGAAUUUUCACUUGACACAGAGAAACUGAUUCAAAACUACAAGGAUGUUGAACUGCAGCUGAUAUUUCUCAAGUCAGAGGAAGAAAAAAUGAAGGCGGAACUCUGCAAAACUAUCCGGAAUCGCAAGAAAACAAUCUACAAUAGUCUGAUAGAGACAAUUGAGGAAAACAUGCGAAAAUGCUAUACAAGAGUAGCAGAGGUCAGUGGCAAAGAGAGUCUUAAUACAAUGAGGAAAAUUAUUGAGGACCAUGUACAUGAGUCAAAGGCCACUAUGUUUGACUUGGCCAAGAAGAAGAUGUUGACCAAACUGAGAAAGCUGAUGAGGGACAUCUUGAAAACACUGACGUACACUAUGCAGAGAUCCAUAGAGCUGUCACUGAAGAUGAAUGACAACUCAAUCCCAGAUGUUUCAGCUGAACAUUCUAAAGUGGAGAGUUACUACAAAGAGCUGAAAGGCCCAGAUGAAGAGACUUCCUUACUCUGGCCUGACAUGUUGGAUGACUCAUUGAAUUCACCUGGUUCAUCUGCAGCAGCAGAGACGUCAGAUUUCAUUUAAACUCAUCAUGUCCUCACCAUGUCGGACUGUUGUUUCAGGGAAAACAAACAAGACAAUCUGAUUAGCUGCAGAAGGUUUCGCUGCCAUACCUAGGCUGUGGAGUUGCUAUCAGUCACUUUUAUUAACAUAUGUUGUAUUUUGGCAUUAUUUUAAUGUUUACCUUCAUGUUAGAAUAGGUUUGU